ACCAAGGCCGAAAGGGAAGACCGGAUUAACGUUAUUUUGUAUGGUUUUGUUUGGUUUUCCCACUUAUUGUUUGUAGCUCUCUUCGAUAGAGAAUACCAGAUUGGUCCCAUCCCAGAAUAUUCUCCAUUCAAUUGUCCAUAGCGUCUGUUUGUAUUUUUAGUUGUACAUACAAAACAGCCAAGGCAACCACAGCUUGUCUCCCCGAGUAACCUUUGUGCCGAAACCGGAGCCGAUCCUAACCGCCUCACCUGCUCCCAGAAACUGACACCAGAAAAAAAAAACAUGUCCGUACUCCCUCGCGGCAUCCGGGCGGUGCUGACCAAGUCGCCCAACGACGUCGUCAUCCUCUCGUCCCUCCGAACGCCCAUCACCCGCUCCAACCGCGGCCACCUCAAGGACGCCUACCCCGAGGAGCUCCUCGCCACGGUCCUCCGCGCCACCCUCGCCGCGAACCCUUCGCUCCCGGCCUCCGCCGUCGAGGAUGUCGCCGUCGGCGUGGUCCUCUCCGAGCUGGGCGGCUCCAAGGCCGCGCGCGCCGCCCUGAACCACGUCGGCUACGACACGGCCAGCACGAGCCUGCACACCGUCAACCGCGCCUGCGCCAGCAGCCUGCAGGCCAUCGCGUCCACCGCCAACGCCAUCCGCGGCGACUUCAUCUCGGUCGGCGUCGCCGCGGGCAUGGAGAGCAUGACGCGCAACUACGGCAGCCGCGCCAUCCCCGUCGACAUGUGGCCCGCCCUGCGCUCCGAGACCGACACCGUCAAGGACGCCAGGGACUGCGUCAUGCCCAUGGGCCUGACCUCGGAGAACGUCGCGGCCCGCUAUGGCGUCUCGCGCGCCGACCAGGACGCCAUGGCCGCGGAGUCGCACCGCCGCGCCGCCGCCGCGCAGGACGCCGGCCGCUUCGACGCCGAGAUCGUCCCCGUGCAGACCCGCUUCCAGGACGUCGACAAGGCCGGCAACCCCGUCGGCGAGGUCCAGGACGUGACGGUCACGCGGGACGACGGCGUCAGGAAGGGCGUCACGGUCGAGAAGCUGUCGACGCUCAAGCCGGCGUUCAAGGCCGACGGCACCAGCACGGCGGGCAACUCGUCGCAGGUGAGCGACGGCGCGGCCGCCACGCUGCUGCUGCGCCGGAGCACGGCCGAGAAGCUGGGCCUGACGGAUUCCAUCAUGGGCAAGUUCGUCGCCGCGAGCGUGGCGGGCUGCAAGCCCGACGAGAUGGGCAUCGGCCCGGCCAUCGCCAUCCCCAAGCUGCUGGGCCAGCUCGGCCUGGAGAACAAGGACGUGCAGAGGUGGGAGAUCAACGAGGCCUUUGCCAGCCAGGCCCUCUACUGCCUGAGGGAGCUCGGCCUGGAGAAGGAGUGGGACGCCGGCAGGGUCAACCCCGACGGUGGUGCCAUCGCCUUGGGUCACCCGCUGGGUGCCACGGGUGCCAGGAUGACGGCGACGCUUAUGCACGGUCUCAAGAGGGAUGGUGGUGAGGUGGGUGUCGUUAGCAUGUGCGUCGGCACCGGCAUGGGUAUGGCCGGAUUGUUUGUGAGGGAAUGAUCAAAGGCAUAAUGUGUAGUAAAAAAAAAAAAUGCAAAGUAGUCACAGCGAAUACGGUUACCAGAGGUCGUGUUUCCGAGCUCGUCUUUGUUGUAAUAAUUUUUGCAAAACUAAUUAUACCUACACCGGGCUAAACGUUGAUAGUUUCGAAAAAAAAAUCAAGCACUCAUGGUAACAUCGGAUUAAACAAAAUAUCAGAUCAAACGAAAC